UUCAACGAUUUACACCCAUCCCCUAGGGUUUGCUCGCCCCAGAAUUAUAGAGACAGAGAGGGUUAGAGAGUCCAGAGAAAGGGGGUUCGAGAGAGAGAGGAGUUUUAGAGAGAGAAAGAGAGAGCGAGGAUGCCGGCUGGUCAUGGUGUUCGUGCUCGCACUAGGGACCUGUUCGCCAGGGCCUUCAGGAAGAAGGGCUACAUCCCUCUCACUAUUUAUUUGAGGACUUACAAGGUUGGGGACUAUGUGGAUGUCAAGGUUAAUGGCGCGGUGCACAAGGGCAUGCCCCAUAAGUUCUACCAUGGCCGCACCGGCAAGGUCUGGAACGUCACCAAGCGAGCAAUCGGUGUGGAAAUCAACAAGCAGGUGGGCAAUCGUAUAAUUAAGAAGAGGAUUCACGUGAGGGUCGAGCACGUUAUGCCUUCAAGGUGCAGGGAGGAGUUUAAACUGAGGAAGGUGAACAAUGAUAGGUUGAAAGCCGAGGCGAAGGCCAAAGGAGAGAUCAUCAGCACAAAGAGGCAGCCCAAGGGCCCGAAGCCUGGUUUCAUGGUUGAAGGUGCAACCAUAGAGACUGUUACUCCAAUUCCAUACGAUGUGGUUAACGACCUUAAAGGUGGAUACUAGAUUGGUUGGGUAUGUUUGUUUUACUGGUUUUAUUCCCGUUCUUUUUUAGGAAGUUAUCUGCAGUUUUGGUGGACAUUCAAGACCAAGUGCUUGUUCUGAGAGUGGUGAGAGUUUUGAGACUCUUGGGAGAAAUUCUGAAUUUUUUCCUUAGUUUAUUUAUGUUUCUUUGGUUACUCUUUUGUGAUUAGCCUUUAUGUUCUUUUUCUUUGCAUCAUGGAUUAAGGGGUUGUUUCCUAAUGUGGUGAUCGAUCCAUAGAGGAAAAGGUCUCUAUACAACAUGUUUGCCCA